AGACCGUCGCGCGUCGCGUUGCGGUUAGACCGCUAGUGUGAGUGGGACCACAAAGGUUCCAAUCAGAUCCGUGGCCGGACGCAGGUGAAACGGUUCUCACCGGUUGUGGCGAGAUAUGGUGCUCCUCGGUACCGCGACUUUGUUGACAAGUGCACGUGAAAGUUAGAGUUAGUGCCGGCCUCGGUUCGAUCCCUGUGAUAGUGUGAAUGUGUUUUUUUACAGGGAUUUAAGUGAUAAGGGACGAAAUGAGUGACCCUUCGCCGGCCUCUGGCGGUCCCUCUGACGAGAAGAGCUCUCUCACAACCAAGAGGCAGUAUGGAUAUUCAAGCAGGUCGGCAUACGCACAGGCGCUAGCGACGAUAAUCCAAGGAUGGAUUCUUAUCGACCACGGACUGAUGAUGGGUGCUUCGACUUUGAUUCUUGGCGCGCUCCAUGGGAACCCUAACGAGGAACUUAACAUGGACGAUGCUCAGGCAUCUUGGUUCGGUAGCUUGCCUUAUUUUUGCACCCCGCUCGCCAAUUUCGCAUCGGGUUUCGUCCAAGAGGCGCUUGGCCGACGAGGGUCCGGCAUGUUGGUCAAUAUCCCCAUUUUCGCGGCGUGGAUCCUGCUGUCUUUCGCCGAUUCCAUCGCCACCCUCUACGUCGUCGCCAUCAUUAUGGGGGUGUGCAUAGGCCUGUCCGAGGCCCCCCUCAAUUCCUACCUCGGCGAAAUCGGAGAACCCCACAUACGGGGUACUCUCAUCACCAUGACCUCAACCGCGAUAAGCACAGGAAUGACAAUUAUGUACGGUCUUGGAGUAUUCUUUGAUUGGAGAACGACUGCUUUAAUUAGCAGCAUAUUUCCGGUUCUGACUUUUGCACUCAUGUCACAAAUACCGGAGUCUCCUGCAUGGCUAAUCAGUCAUAAUCGGUUGGAUGAAGCUAAAAAAGCGUUAUGCUGGCUCAGAGGUUGGGUUGGCCCAGAUGAAGUUGAAGAGGAGUUUCAAAAUCUUCUAAUGUAUGCAAAAAAAUCUGCCAAAGAAGCCAAAGCGUCGGAAAAAACUGAUGACAUCGAUAGUAAAACUGACGGUUUAUUGAUGACGCAGCUGAAAGCUCUGACAAACAAAAAUGUCCUUCGCCCCUUACGUUUAGUGUUGAUCUCAUUUACAAUUACUUUUUUGGCUGUCGUCAGUGGCAUGAGACCGUACUCCAUCAACGAGCUGAAUGCUCUAAACUCUCCAGUUGACCCAAAAAUUAUUUUGAUACUGUUCCAAAUUUUGUUCAUUUUGGGUGCUGUUGCAUACGGUUCGUUUCUGAGGGAUUUUGGCAAGCGGAAAAUUGCGCUUUUCUCCAACGGAAUUGCAGCUGCAUCUAUUAUUGGAAUCGGAGUUUUCUGCUCCUUUUUCUUGGACGCAAGCGAAUACCCAUAUUUAGUCUGGUUUCCAUCCAUCCUGCUGCUGGUCAUAAAUUUCCUCAGUGGUUUCGGCCUUUACGCUCUGCCGUGGCAGCUUAUGAGUGAAGUCUUUCCUCAGGCAGGUCGUGGUCUAGCAACGGGAAUAUCAGCCGCCUGGACUCAUUUAGUGGUGUCCGCCUUGAUCAAGUCAUACCUUUACAUCAAAGCGUGGGUAGGCCUUAGCGGAGUAAUGUACCUCUACGGAGCAACCACAUUCCUGGGUUUCCUUUACUACUAUCUCUACUUGCCGGAAACUGAAGGCAAAAGUCUGGAACAAAUCGAGUCUUACUUUACCGAUGAUCCGGACCUAGAGGAAUUUUUCUCUUUCAAAGUGAUACCCACCGCCAUGGGUGAUUCUCCCAAAAGUUCAGAACGAGAAAAACUCAUAAAACGUUAUGGAUACUCAAGCAGAUCAGACUUUGCCCAGAUAUCGGCAACACUGAUCCAAGGUUUUAUUCUUAUCAACCAUGGUUUGUUUAUGGCUGCUCCUACUCUGAUUCUUGGGGCAUUAUAUGAACAUCCCGAAGAUGAACUUUACAUGGACGACGACGAAGCAUCAUGGUUUGGGAGCAUACCUUACAUUUGCACACCCCUGGCGAACCUUGCCUCCGGGCUUCUCCAAGAGAUGCUCGGCAGGAGAGGCUCAGGGCUCCUUUCGACGAUGCCGAUGUUCGCGACUUGGAUCCUCCUCUACUCGGCUAAUUCCGUGACGACGCUCUACGCGGUGGCCGCCAUGAUGGGACUCUCGGUCGGUCUGUCCGAGGCGCCCCUUAAUUCCUACUUGGGCGAAAUUAGCGAACCACACAUUCGAGGCACCUUGGUCACAAUAGCUUCGUCAGCCAUCAGCGUUGGUAUUAUCGUGUUGUAUGCUCUCGGAAGCUUCUAUGAUUGGAGGACAACAGCUUCAAUAAUCAGCGUGGUUCCUGUCAUCACGUUUAUUCUCAUGACGCAGAUACCCGAGUCACCAGCAUGGCUCAUAGGACGGAACCGCUUGGAGGAUGCCAAGAAAUCUCUGAGCUGGCUCAGAGGCUGGACCAGCCCGAAUGAAGUGGAGGAGGAAUUCGCAGAUCUUGUCAGCUACACCAGGCAUCACGUUGAAGAUGACGAGGGCGCUCUGGCCAAAGUUGCGAAGAUGAAUGGUUUGUUGAUGACGCAGGUCAAUGCGGUGUUUUCCAAAAAAGUUUUGCGUCCUCUUCGUCUCGUUUUGAUCUCAUUCGCCAUCACUUUUCUGGCUGCUAUCAGCGGUAUGAGGCCAUACUCUAUCAACGAACUAAAUGCAAUGAACUGCCCUAUUGACCCCAAGCUCAUUUUGAUGGUCGCCCAGGUUCUAUUCAUUGGCGGCGCUGUGGUGAACGUGUCGUUUUUGCAGCGACUCGGCAAGAGGAAAAUUGCGCUUUUCUCAUAUGGUGUCGCGGCUGUCAGCAUUAUUGGUAUCGGUGCUUACUGUUCCUUCUACAGGGACUUGAGCUCAUACUCAAGUGCUGUUUGGCUUCCUCCUAGCUUGCUUCUAGUCAUUAAUUUUCUCGGCGGGCUAAGUAUUUUGGUCCUUCCGUGGCAGCUAAUGAGCGAAGUUUUUCCACCAGCAGGUCGCGGUUUGGCGACGGGUAUCUCGGCCGCGUGGACUCACCUGGUGGUGUCCGCCCUGAUCAAAUCGUACCUGUCCAUCAAAUCGCGGGUGGGUAUGGACGGUGUGAUGUACCUUUACGGCGGGGCGACGGCUCUGGGCUGCGUCUACUUCUACUUCUGCCUCCCGGAAACGGAAGGGAAAACUCUGGAGCAGAUCGAGGCGUGCUUCGUCGAUCACCCGGACACCGAGGAGAUGCUUUCCGUCGGUGCGUCGCCGGUGAGGCACCCGGAGAACACGAGGCUCCGCGGAAACCGGAAAGAGCGUGGCUACGGUAGCACCGCCCGGUCCGAACUCUGACGGACUCUUCUAGUCUGACGUAAAUGGGUCAGUUGCACGUUAGAGACACUAUAGAGUACCCAUAUAUGGGAGAGUAUUGCCAUCUCAAUCCUCCAUUUGUAGAAAAAGUGUGCCGCUCUCUGAUUGGUCGGCUACCACGAAGCCCCCCAAAAUGACCUCUCUGAAUUUUUUUAAAAAUAUUGGUGAUAUAUUUCAUAAAAAGUAUUGUUGAGAAAACGUUUAAACAUUUUGACACGAUUUUUUUUCGAAGACUUUAAAAUUGAAAAGGGACUUAUUUUCAAAAUGAUCUGCGAUUUUCAACAUAUCUCUAUUUUACAAAUGACCACUCUAUUUUGUAAAAAAAGAUUUCUGCAAUAUCCUGACGAAGUUUGUAUAAUCUCCAAAAGGGAUUGAGUUUUGGAAAUAAGUCGAAAAUUUUUUGAAAAAGUUGCGAGCAAUACUUUUUACGGAUCAAACACUUUUACUCACCAGACAUGUGUCUAUCAGACAAAAUAGGAGGAGUAUUAAUUAAUCACUCUUCAAAAUCAGAAAAACACAUUCGUAGCUUUACAGAACAGUAUUUAUGGAGUAGUUACUUUAACAUUAAUAUUUCUUCGGGUUUCAAGUGUUGAUCAAAUGUUAGACUAUAAAGGUCAACCUCCUGUGAAGGGUCCACCCGAUGUUCAUUCACCUUUUCCCACCAAUAUCCAGUCUUUGUGAUACGGAGGCAAGCUUACGAAUACUCUGCAAUAAUAAUGGAAUUAUAUGUGGCAUUUACUGCUUCAGAUUUCCUAUUGUUGGAUCCCUACAUCGCUUUUUAAUUUUUGUGCCAUAUACCAUAGACGUAGACUUGUUAAUAUUGUUACCUCUGUCUAUAUUUGUUAACUGCUAGACGUACAGCGCAUACGUGAAAUGUGGAAACACGUCUGGUACUAGACUGACUAAAAUUUUUUGUUAAUGUCUAAGUACAUAUGCGAUUACUGUAUGUAUUCGUAUAUAUCAAGUGUAAUUGGAUCGAACGUAAACUUACAUUUUUAAAUGUAUUUGAA